AUCCGGGAGUACAGAAGUACGUAGUACGUAAUCAAUUUGUGCUGUAUACAUUGUGAGGAGAAUUGGGGAAGUGUACAUCUUGUUGUCAACAUCCUGGGAUAGAAGGGCUUUCUUCCGUUCUUUAUUUUUGCCGUGCAAAGUAAACGCUGCUGAAAUUUCAAGAGUUUAAUCUGUUUGUUAUAUUGCCCGCGAAUAUGACGAUCUAUACGCCAGGCCAGGCCGACAAAGAGUCUAAGAACACCGCUGAUCCAGAGGUUGUCACCGAGCCACUGACAAGCUUCAAGGAGGAUGACUACGAAGCAGACCUGGCGCCAAAGCUGGUCCGAGUUACAUAUUUCCCUAGAAACAGACGCACCUUCUAUAUCCACCUUCUGCUGACGGUUAUGGUGAUGGUCAUCCUGACGUGUGGAGCUAUCGGAGCGGUUGUCUUUUACCGACACCUGAACAAAAAGGUGUACACGGGCAUGUGCGGCACCCGCUUCUACGACCCUGAGUACCACGAGCUGCGUGGGGACGUUGUGGACGCCGAACUCCUCCAGGACCAGGCCCCCCAGUCCCCCCACUCCCCCCAGCCCCAGGCCAUGUACAAGGCACACUACGUGAUGGACUUCAUGGAGGAAGGCAUCGAGGUGUCGCGCGUCGAGCAGUACGAGGAGAUGCACACGCCCAGCUUUGAUGAGGUGCGCGAGAACACGGUCUGGCACGACUUUGUCUCGAACUACACAGCCAUCAUGGACCGCAGACUGGAGAGAUGCUACAUCAUGAGGCUCGACCGUGCCAACAUUGCACCGCCAUCGGACAUUCUGGAUCUUUUAGAGAAGCUCAUGUCCGGCUACUACAUGAAGAGCGCGGUCGUGGUUCGGGACAAUUAUCGUCUGGUGAAGCCAGCCCUCGAGGAUUUGGCCCCGUUCGGCAAUCGCAUCCGAGCCAAGUGUGGCAGCUAUGAGAGCUUCUGGAUGGAGAAGUUUGUCGGUGGAGUGAGCAAACGCAGUGCGGAGUACGGAGCCCCCGAUGAGAAGACGCUGGUGUACGCCGUCCUGGGCAACUACAUCGAGCACCCGCAGAUCUUCAAGAUCAUCGUGCACGGUGUGGACGACGCGGGAGAAGAGAACGCUGUGUAAACGACGACAGUACGGCGGGUGUUCCCACGUGGGGAGAAGAGAACGCUGUGUAAACGACGACAGUGCGGCGGGUGUUCCUACGUGGGGAGAAGAGAACGCUGUGUAAAUGUCAACAGUACAGCAUGGGUGUUUCCAUGUGGGACGAUUUGCCAAUGGGGCUGUUUUGUUGGGUGGAUUUGAAGUUUAGGAUGGGCUGGCACGGUAAAAUGUUUCGGUCAUAAUGUGUAAGGGGAAGGGUGGGUUGGAAUUGGUGGUAUAUAUAUUUAUAUAUAUGCAUAUGUUCAACUCUGUCAGAAGUGUUGUUAAGAGUUCUGUCGAAAGCAUUCUUGAUCGCUUUUCAUAGAAUCUAGAGAGUUUGCGUAUCGAGUAUUGUAGUGGAAGAUUCAUGGAUUAGUUGUUUUUUAUUAUAGAAAUAUUACCAGGAGUUGAAAAGGUAGUUCUUUUUUCUUUCAUUUUAUGGGUGUUAAUGAAUUUAUUUCAUUUCUGGUAGUAUAAGAAUAGAUUAAGUUGCAGUACUUGUUUUUUCUUUCCGUUAUGUGAUUGGUUUUUUAAAAUUGUUAUAACAAGAAAAAGUUAAGACUCCACGAGGUGUUUUUCUUGGAUAUCUUUGCUUUUUCCUGUAAAAUGUUUCCAUUUUGAUGUGUCUCGUGUUCUGUGUCAAUCUUUUGCAGCUUCUGUGUUACUCGGUAGAUGAUAGCUUUAUGUCUCUUGUAUGUGUUUGGUUUGUUUUGUUUGGGGGGGGGGAGGGGUGUUACAUUAAUUCCGUACAAUUUACGCCUGUUGCUAUGGUUACCGGAGUGUGAACCGUGAAUUCUGGUUACUUGACAGUGCUGAGGAAGAAGUUUUAUUUCUAGGUUCGCACUCACUGAAAUGUUGCCUUUGAGGCAAAUCUGAAAUUAUUUUGUGAUGCAAUGUUCAAAUUUUGUCUUGAAUUUUUAUGAAUUAUUUUGUGAUGCAUUGUGGAAUUUUGUCUUGAAUUUUUAAAAAUAUUUUGUGAUACAAUGUGGAAUUUUGUCUUGAAUUUUUAUUGUAGUUAUAAGCGUAAAUGGGUCACAGUACCUGUUUAAAUUUAUAACAAGAAUGUUGAAUGAGCUCAAUCACCCUCGAGGGCAUGGUUUAGUACUGCAGUCUCUCGGUAUGGCUCAUCUCUUUGAAUGAAGCGGAAACUUUGUUUUGAUUUGUUUCAUACGUAGAUCUGGGACUUCCUGGAAGUUUUGAGAUCUUCAGCCAUGUGGCGGAAUAUCCCACGAGUUUGAAAACGUGUGGACAAAAGAGACGAAGAGAAAUACUGAGUGAACAUUGUUUUGGUCUUUUCAUGACCCGGCAAUAACACAAUAAGUGUCUGAUGUAGAGGCUUUCGUCUGGGGUCGCAUGAUAUACCAAGCAUAGGCGUAUGGGAUCAAUCCGCUGUAUCUUGAAAUACGCCAUUUUUCAAUGUUAUGGGAUAGAAUAGACCAGCCCGUAUCACAGAGGCGUAACCCUGUACCUGGACAAAUAGCUUGGUUAUGCGAGUUGACGGAAAGUAUUGUCUAGGAGUUUGUACCUUCUCCUAGAAAGGGUUUUUGGGUUGUUGUUUUUUUUAAGACAAGAUAGGUUGGUCCCAUCUCCCCGAUGUUCAAAAUGUGAAGUUUUUAUCCAAAGCAUAUAAAAGUACGUUGUGUCUCAUGUCCAGUAUCAAAAUGUCUGUCGUUGUCAGCUAUUGACAGUUAUGUUUUCAUGCACUAUUGCAAAUGUUUGUUAUGAAGAUUUCUAUGUCAAAGCUAAUGAGCAUUUACCAGCGACACUGUUGUAAAUAGAUUUUCUUUUUAAUUUUUGCUUCCUAAUCUGGCAAAAAAAAAUUUUUCCACCAGCAGAAAGCACCCACAGAUCUAAGAACGUAUAACAUUUUUGUCUUUUGUUUUAAUCUCACAUUCUUUCUCAGCUUUUUCUGACUGGGCACAGGAUGCAUAAAAUUGAUUUGUCUAUGAAAUAUGGAUACCAAAGUCAUUUCUAAUGUUCUGGCCAAGUUUCUGGCAGUAAAUGAAUUUUUUUUUUUGUUCAUAAAUAAUAUAAUAAUGUCUUUCAUCAAGAGUUUUUGCGGCUUUUUUUUUUUUAAUGAUAAUUUCCCAAGACCAUUUUUUUUUUUUUGCAUGUGUAUUAAAAAUUUUUCUUUGCCUGAAACUUGAGCAUGAGUUUGAUUCUCCUUAUGAAGAAGUCAUUGCGGCAUGUUUAUACUUUUGUGUUGUGGCCGUGGUGCCGCCAGUUAUUAUAUAUAUGUGAGACAUUGUGGGGAGAUCAGGGGCUCGUCUACUUAAUAAAAUUGAAGAAAUUGUCAUUCUUCUGCCAGUUUGGCAACUUUUAUCGAAUUUUUGUUUUUGGGCCUGACACCAUUGGUGUACAAUUAAGAACACAAUUCUGUGUGGAUUUUACUGAAAAUCGUUGAUUAAAGGCACAAAAAGUAAGUUUUCAGUUUCCAUGGACUGUCAAGCUAUCAAAAUAACCAAACUUUGGCGACGGCCAUUUUCUCGCUAUUUGUACCUUUGAAACCAAGCGUCAGCACCUUUUUCAAUCUAAAAUAUAUUGACUUCUUUUCAAGAUAGUGAAUAAGUUUUUAGAUGAUACCAAUAACUCCACAUGCCCAAUAAUUGACGAGCGCCUGACUCCACCACGUGACACAAGUGUAAUUUUCAUUGCUUUGACGUGCGGCACUGAUUGCUUUGUUCACCCCUGCGUGGCCACCUCAUGAUGACAGUUACCUCUUGUACUUGUGCCACACAGUCUCACAGUCGGGGGAGGGGGGGGCUUUGAGGUACUUCGUUUCCAAAGCUGUUACGAACUGAAAAAAGCCAAAUCGUGAUUUCCCUUAGUUUUGGAACUGUCUAAUUUGUUGCAUCUUUUAGGAAACUAAGAAGUCUUUUGUUUCUGAAAUUCUUGUUGGAAGUGGAGAUGCAGAAUGGGUAUUAUUUAGAUUUUUCACCCUAGGGGGAGAAAAAUUAUCUAGGAAGUUGACAUAUUUUAUUUCCUGCUGUAAUUAGAAUUUGAAGUGUGUGAAGUUCCACUUUUCAUGAUAAGGCUUGUGUUUUAAGCACGAGAUUAGUGCCCAGGUCUGGGAGUGGGAAGGGAGCAGGAAGAAAAAGCCGGGGGGGGGUGAGAAGAUAAAAUGAACACACACUAGAAACGUUGCUUUUCGUACUGUUACUGUGAUAAUCGGAUAAUGUAGUUCUCUCUGGACUUUCUAAAUUUGUAUUUUUUUUAAAACAGAAAAAAAACUGGCUACCUGGUCUUGUGGCCUAUGGUGUAUGUUUUGUUUUGUUGGGCUUGGUCGUCGUCGUUGAUGAUGAAGAGAGACGUUUGAGCUCGAGCUGUUUUGCCGUCGGUGGUGAUGGUGUUGACGGGAACACAGGUAGGAGACUCACAGGGAAACCCAAGCAGGAUCUGAGAUUGUCGGGCUGCUGUCUGAGGACAGACUUGAUGGUGGAAGACUGACAGACUUCACAGUGUCAGACGGCUUACUGUUAUAGUUUGUCUUUGUAAAGACUUCACAGUGUAAUGUAACACGGCUUACUGUUACAGUUUCUUUGUGGGUCGUGGCAUUAGGCGAAAGGGCUAGAACUCAAAUGGCUGCCGGAUGAGUAAAGUAAAGUAAAAGUGAGUUGGUUGUGGCGUGGAUUUGGGCAGUGUUGUCACGGGCUGAUGAAACUGGCUGAGGAGAAGUAGGAGAUGGAAGAACGGAGAAAGUGCUUUGAAUCUUGAUGACAAAUAGGAGCCCCCACUGCUGUCAUUCAUGUCAAUUGAAGUGGCGUGGCAUUUAGAAAGUGAAAGUAACGGUGCAAGGAGACAGAUCAUCGGGGACAGAGAACAUUUUGUAGUUGUCCGUGGGAAAAGAGAAUUGUGCUCAGUGAUUGGCUGUCUGUAUGGUAGGUACUGUUUCUUACUAGUAACUAGGAUCAUUUCCACACAUCCGGAAUCCUGCUUUUGUAGAGGAAAGCAGCCCUCAUGGAUUUGGCCGAAGCUAUCUGUAGUAACUGGUCUUAAUCUUAGUCUUACGCUGUGAAGUCUGUGGUCGAAGUUUUGGGCAGGGAGGAGUUGUGUAAACUAUGUACAUAUUUUGCUGACAUGAAUAAUAAUAUAUUUUUCUGCAGAACAUUGGAGUCUGCUUUGUCAUGACGUAACUUUACUUAAUUGUUGCUUCUUUCGUUUUUUUCCCUCGCAUGCUUUUGUGUUCUAUUUGACCCGAGAAUGGUCUUUAUUGUACGCUUGUUUGUUGUUGGGUUUUUGUUAAAGUACAAUUUGUGAAACUAGGAAAAAGAAGAGGAGGAAUGACCAGACGGAAGGCUGAUGAUGUCACCGUCGUGUUUUUCCCCAGAUGGUAGAAAUAAUCGUAUUGUGUUGUAUCAGAAACAGUUUUAUCGUGUAUCUUCGUCAAGUCGGUUGUCCUCAGAGUGUCGGGGCUGUGCGAGACGUGGAGUUAUUCUUUCCCCCUGUCUUUGGCGUUCUGCCCGCUCAAUACUUUUGCCGUCUUGCAAUGAUUUUUCCGGGGACUCUGGAAGACGUGUUAUGAAAAAAAUCAUCCUUUUUGCUGGGUUUUGAAGAAAAAUGUUAUCUUUAUGAAGGGUUUAUGUGGCAUUUAUGUAUAAUAUACCCUUUU